UGUAAUUCAAAUGAAGCACGGCAAAUGAUGAAAACUGUCAUCUAUUUCUUCAUUUCCAGUUUGAAAAUCAUGAAAAAUGGGAACACCACCUCUGAUUUCAUUCUCCUAGGACUCUUUAACCACACAGAAGCCCAUCUAUUUCUCUUUGCAAUGGUUCUCACAAUUGCCUUCGCCUCCCUAGUGGGAAAUGCCCUCAUGAUUCUCCUGAUUCACCAAGAUGCCCGGCUCCACACACCCAUGUACUUCCUACUGAGCCAACUCUCCCUCAUGGACAUGAUGCUGGUCUCUACCAUUGUGCCCAAAAUGGCUACUAACUACUUGACUGGAAAGAUGUCCAUCUCCCCUGCUGAGUGCGGGUUGCAGAUAUUCUUCCUUCUAACUUUAGGAGGGGGUGAGUGUUUCCUCUUAGCAGCCAUGUCCUAUGACCGGUAUGUGGCUGUUUGCCACCCACUGCGAUACUCAGCCCUCAUGAACUGGCAAUUAUGCCUGAAAAUGACUGUGGGGUCUUGGGUCCUGGGGGCAGCUGAUGGGCUCAUGCAGGCUGCUGCUACCCUGAGUUUUCCAUUUUGCGAUGCACAUGAGAUCAAUCAUUUCUUCUGUGAGGCCCCUACUCUGGUGGGUUUAGCUUGUGCCGACACGUUUGUCUUUGAGUAUGUGAUGUACCUAUGCUGUGUGUUAAUGCUCCUGGUCCCAUUUUCUCUCAUUCUGAUUUCCUAUAGUCUCAUCCUUGCUGCAGUUCUCCAGAUGCAUUCUAGAGAAGCCCGCAAAAAGCCUUUUGCCACCUGCUCCUCACAUAUUUCUGUGGUGGGACUCUUUUAUGGAGCUGCAAUUUUUACCUAUAUGCAACCCAAAUCCUACAGGUCAGCUCACCAUGAUAAAGUAGUGUCAGUGUUCUAUACUAUCUUCACCCCUGUACUCAAUCCCCUCAUCUACAGUCUGAGAAACAGUGAAGUCAAAGAUGCCUUGAGAAAGUGUAUGGGUCAGUGUUCUUCCUUAAGUCAGGGUUAA